UGCGCGCCGGGCGUGUGUCACUCGCUCUCUCCCUCUGUGUAUAGAGGAUGUGCUGAAUGGUGCGCUUUGAGGCGGCGGCGGAGGAGGAGCAGGAUCCGGCGGCAGCUGGCAGCCUAGGCUCCCGGCGCGGCUUCGCUUCGCCUUCCGAGGCUCCUCGCCCGCCGCGGGCUCCCGACCCCGAGUCCCGCCCGGGGCAUGGCCCGGCUCUGCGCCCCGGAGCGCCCCGCCUGCUGAGCGCCGGUGGGAGGUGUGGAGGCCGGGAGGCCGGGGAGGUCGGCGAGGGGACAGAGGCGAGCGCCUGCGGAGCAGAGAAAGGAGCCCGCGCCCUGCGCCCCGCGCCCGGUCCCUGCUGCACUCGCCCGGGCCGCCCGGAGCCCCGAUGAGCCCAGAUGGCCGGGGCUCAACCCGGAGUGCACGCCUUGCAACUCAAGCCCGUGUGCGUGUCCGACAACCUCAAGAAGGGCACCAAAUUCGUCAAGUGGGAUGAUGACUCAACUAUUGUUACUCCAAUUAUUUUGAGGACUGACCCUCAGGGAUUUUUCUUUUACUGGACGGAUCAAAACAAGGAGACAGAGCUGUUGGAUCUCAGCCUUGUCAAGGAUGCCAGAUGUGGGAGACAUGCCAAGGCUCCCAAGGACCCCAAACUACGAGAGCUUUUGGACGUGGGCAACAUUGGGCGUCUAGAGCACCGCAUGAUCACCGUGGUGUACGGGCCUGACCUGGUCAACAUCUCCCACUUGAACCUCGUGGCUUUCCAAGAAGAAGUGGCCAAGGAAUGGACAAAUGAGGUUUUCAGUUUGGCAACAAACCUGCUGGCCCAAAACAUGUCCAGGGACGCCUUUCUGGAAAAAGCCUACACCAGACUUAAGCUGCAAGUCACUCCAGAAGGGCGUAUUCCUCUCAAAAACAUAUACCGCCUGUUUUCAGCAGACCGGAAGCGGGUUGAAACCGCUUUAGAGGCUUGUAGUCUUCCAUCAUCAAGGAAUGAUUCAAUACCUCAAGAGGACUUCACUCCAGAUGUGUACAGAGUUUUCCUGAACAACCUUUGCCCUCGACCUGAAAUUGAUAACAUCUUUUCGGAAUUUGGUGCCAAAAGCAAACCGUACCUUACCGUCGAUCAGAUGAUGGAUUUUAUCAACCUCAAGCAGCGAGAUCCCCGGCUGAAUGAAAUCCUUUACCCCCCUCUAAAACAAGAGCAAGUCCAAGUGCUGAUUGAGAAGUACGAGCCCAAUGAGAGCCUCGCCAAGAAAGGGCAGAUAUCAGUGGAUGGAUUCAUGCGCUAUCUGAGCGGGGAAGAAAAUGGGGUUGUUUCACCUGAGAAACUGGAUUUGAAUGAAGACAUGUCUCAGCCCCUCUCCCACUAUUUCAUUAAUUCCUCACACAACACCUACCUCACAGCACCUCCCGAUUUCUACCUGCGGGGGACCUUAAAGGAUGUGAUAUACUGUAGAAAACAGGCUCCCCUGGUGGUUGUUCAGGAGGAAAUUGACACGGCAUGCCCAGUGAUGCAAGUGGACACUUUGGAAGUGAUCGAGGCGAUUGCAGAAUGUGCAUUUAAGACUUCACCCUUCCCGAUUCUCCUUUCAUUUGAGAACCAUGUGGACUCCCCCAAGCAGCAGGCCAAGAUGGCCGAGUACUGCCGGCUGAUCUUCGGGGACGCGCUGCUCAUGGAGCCCCUGGAAAAGUACCCACUGGAAUCCGGAGUUCCUCUUCCAAGCCCUAUGGAUUUAAUGUAUAAAAUUUUGGUGAAAAAUAAGAAGAAAUCACAUAAGUCUUCAGAAGGGAGUGGCAAAAAGAAGCUCUCGGAACAAGCUUCCAACACGUACAGUGAUUCCUCCAGCGUGUUCGAGCCUUCGUCCCCAGGAGCUGGGGAAGCUGAUACAGAGAGUGAUGACGACGAUGAUGAUGAUGACUGUAAAAAGUCUUCAAUGGAUGAGGGGACCGCUGGGAGUGAGGCCAUGGCCACAGAGGAGAUGUCCAACCUGGUGAACUAUAUUCAGCCAGUCAAGUUUGAGUCAUUUGAAAUUUCAAAAAAAAGAAAUAAAAGUUUUGAAAUGUCUUCCUUCGUGGAAACCAAAGGCCUUGAGCAGCUGACGAAGUCUCCCGUGGAAUUUGUAGAAUAUAACAAGAUGCAGCUUAGCAGGAUAUAUCCAAAAGGAACACGUGUGGAUUCAUCCAACUACAUGCCUCAGCUCUUCUGGAACGCCGGUUGUCAGAUGGUGGCACUUAAUUUCCAGACAAUGGACCUGGCCAUGCAGAUCAACAUGGGGAUGUAUGAAUACAAUGGCAAAAGUGGCUACAGACUAAAGCCAGAGUUCAUGAGGAGGCCUGACAAGCAUUUCGAUCCAUUUACUGAAGGCAUCGUAGAUGGGAUAGUGGCCAACACUUUAUCUGUUAAGAUUAUUUCAGGUCAGUUUCUUUCCGAUAAGAAAGUGGGGACUUAUGUGGAAGUGGAUAUGUUUGGUUUGCCCGUGGACACGAGGAGGAAGGCUUUUAAGACCAGAACAUCCCAAGGAAAUGCUGUCAAUCCUAUCUGGGAAGAAGAACCCAUUGUGUUCAAAAAGGUGGUUCUUCCUUCUCUGGCCUGCCUGAGGGUAGCAGUUUAUGAAGAAGGAGGGAAAUUCAUCGGCCACCGGAUCUUGCCAGUGCAAGCCAUCCGGCCAGGCUACCACUAUAUCUGUCUGAGGAAUGAAAGGAACCAGCCCCUGACACUGCCGGCUGUGUUUGUCUACAUAGAAGUGAAAGAUUAUGUACCUGACACGUACGCAGAUGUGAUCGAAGCUCUGUCAAACCCAAUCCGCUAUGUGAAUCUGAUGGAGCAGAGGGCUAAGCAACUGGCUGCUUUGACACUGGAAGAUGAAGAAGAAGUGAAGAAAGAGGCUGAUCCUGGGGAAACACCAUCAGAGGCUCCGAGUGAGGCCAGGACGACUCCAGCAGAAAAUGGGGUGAAUCACACUACAGCCCUGGCACCCAAACCACCCUCCCAGGCUCUCCACAGCCAACCAGCUCCAGGUUCAGUAAAGGCACCUGCCAAAACAGAAGACCUUAUUCAGAGUGUCUUAACAGAAGUGGAGGCGCAGACCAUCGAGGAGCUAAAGCAACAGAAAUCAUUUGUGAAACUUCAGAAGAAGCACUACAAAGAAAUGAAAGACUUGGUUAAGAGGCAUCACAAGAAAACCACUGACCUUAUCAAAGAACACACUGCGAAAUACAACGAAAUUCAGAAUGACUACUUGAGGAGAAGAGCCGCUUUGGAAAAGACUGCCAAAAAAGACAGUAAGAAAAAAUCGGAACCCAGUAGCCCUGACCAUGGAUCUUCAACAAUUGAACAAGACCUUGCUGCCCUGGAUGCUGAAAUGACCCAGAAGUUGAUAGACUUGAAGGACAAACAACAGCACCAGCUGCUUAAUCUUCGUCAGGAACAGUACUAUAGUGAAAAAUACCAGAAGCGCGAACAUAUUAAACUGCUGAUUCAGAAGUUGACAGAUGUUGCCGAAGAGUGUCAGAACAAUCAGCUGAAGAAGCUCAAGGAGAUGUGUGAGAAAGAGAAGAAGGAAUUAAAGAAGAAAAUGGAUAAAAAGAGGCAAGAGAAGAUAACAGAAGCUAAAUCCAAAGACAAAAACCAGAUGGAAGAGGAGAAGACAGAGAUGAUCCGCUCUUACAUCCAGGAGGUGGUACAGUACAUCAAGAGGUUGGAAGAGGCGCAAAGCAAACGGCAAGAAAAACUCGUAGAGAAACACAAGGAGAUACGCCAGCAGAUCCUGGAUGAAAACCCCAAGCUGCAGGUGGAGCUGGAGCAAGAAUACCAAGACAAGUUCAAAAGACUGCCCCUGGAGAUUUUGGAGUUUGUGCAGGAAGCCAUGAAAGGGAAGAUCAGUGAAGACAGCAAUCACGGUUCUGCCCCUCCCUCCCUGUCCUCAGACCCUAGAAAAGUGAACCACAAGCCUCCCUCCAGCGAGGAGCUGGGCGGAGACAUCCCGGGAAAAGAGUUUGAUACUCCCCUGUGAUUGUUCCUGCCAGGCCUUCAGAAUAUGCAUGGCCACUCAGGCACCAUCCAACUCCCUCUUAUUACUAAGAUCACUGCCCAGGACCAUCUUCCUGAGAAGCAUCCCUUAGCCUAAAAUCACACCAAAGGGAGAGUUCCGGAAGAAUCCAUGCAGAAGUCCCAUGCUCAGGCUCCAUGGGCCAUGUGGAAGCCACUGCUGGUCUCCUAGUGAAGAGUGCAUGUAUGUGAGAUUUUUGUUCUUUUCCAAUAAUAAAUUCAAAGCAAGCAACUUGCAGGCUCCAUGGAACAUUUAAUGAAGGACAGUGUCUUCUUUGAAGAAAAUUGAACUCGUGGUUUUAUUUGAAGCUCUAGUGUAAAGUAUUUCAAAGUAAUAGAAAUAGUUUGAGAAAUGCAUAGCAUUAUUUAACACUAUGGAACAGCAUUUUUUUUCCUGACUGCCCCGCAACUAUGUGCAUAUUAAAUUGUCUCAUCCUUUGCUUUGCAAGCACUGGUGGCUUGCAGUUUGCUGAUUUAUUUAUCAUAGAGGCAUCUGUGUAUUUGUUGCUGACAUAGUUUUAUUAGAUACCUUAGUGAUUCAAAUAAGCUGGUUUUCUUUUGGGAAAAAAUAAAUCACUUGAUUGUCUCCUUGCCCAGUGAAGCCAUCCCAAGACUUAGCCAUAUGGAUAGUAUAUUUGGCUGCAUGAGCAAGGUGGCUGCACACUUGAGGCCAUGUGCUAUCUGAAUUGACUAUUUGCACUCAAAGUCCGGGAAUCCAUUGGCUGUUGGCCUGAAAUGAUCAAAUAACUACAAAGGGUCUGUUAUGUUGAAUAAAGAUAGUUAAGCUGAUAUAUGUUAAACAGAAAUUCAAUCAGAGUGAACAGGUUCCAAUGGUUAUUUUGCUGUCUGUCAUUUUUUAUGGUUCAUUUAUUUUUAAUAUAGAGAGGAAGAUUGAAUAUUUAUCUAGAGAAUACAAAGACCCACAUAUAAAUUAUAUAUAUUAUCUCCCUGUAUAUAUAUACGUAUAUAUAUCUGUAUGUAUGCCCUUGGCUGUACAAGUGCAUACACACAAUACACAAGAUUGUAGAUGUGUGUUUAUCAAUUGGCAAUGGCCCACAUCUCUUCCACAGACUUCAAAUCAAAUUCAGGGAUAAAUAGGUAGAGAAGAAAAGGGUCAAACAUCUAGAUUAUAUGGGUAGUAAAUUAUAUAGAAAUACUAAGAGAUAAUUGAUGGAGCCUUUAAUGCAAGUCAAGAUAGAUUUAGAACUUAGAUAAUAAAUUUGAUUUAUAUUUUGCAAGAUCAAAAAUCGGAUUUUAAUGUCAGAUUUUAAGCUUGUUUUAGC